GUCCUCGCCGCCGCGCCCGGCGCUCCCAAGAUGGCGGCGGGGCCGGUACCUGUCGUGUGAGGCGGGAGCGCGUCCCAGCCGCCCGCGGCUCCUCCGCCCGCCCGGCCCCGCUCCCGCCCCGCAGCCGGCGGGAUGCUCAGAUCCACCGGCUACUUCCGCGGCAUCGACUGCCCGUUCCUCAACGCCGGGGGGUCGGGGCCGGGCCGGGGGUGCCGCAGGCCCUACUGCCACUUCCGGCACCCCCCGGUGGCCCCGGCGCCGUGCGGAGCCUCCGGAACCUCGGGCGACCCCAGCGUGGGGCUCCCGCUGGGACACGGCGCAGAGCGAGGCUAUGAUCCCUACAACCCAGAGCUGCCCAGGGCCUCACUGGAGGUGGAGGAUGGCGCUCUGGGUGACAUUACAGAUGUCACACCCGGAAUUCUGGAGCUGGAGCUGGUCAACAAGGCCAUCGAGGCAGUGAAGAACGAAGUGGAGAGGGAGCAGAAGAAGUACGAGGAGCUGCUGGAGACCACGAAGGAGUUGGGUGCUUCAGAGGGCUCCUCACUCAUUUCAAACUCGCCCGUGGCGGCUGCUGGGCCUCCGAGCGAUUCCUCCUUUGGCUCCUUGGAGUACAACCCAGGGAGCUACAACUUCAACAAUAACUCAGACUACAACCCCACUCCUCUGGCUGCUGCAGGCCGCUCCAGUAAAUAUACUUUGGAUUCGUCCCGCUCCAAAGGGAGCUCCCUGGAAUAUGUCCCCAAGGCUGUAGUGCAGAAUAAAAAAUACAGCAGCACYGUCACCAACAAUAAAUAUGUGAUUGACGACUCCAAGCCUUCCACAGACUUGGAAUAUGACCCCCUUUCCAAUUACUCAGCCAGGCUGUUGGGCAAGGCCACAACCAAGGGCUCCAAAAGGGAAAGGGUCUCUGAUUAUGAGGAUUCUUACUCUCCAUCACGGAAAAAGCUCUGCGAGGAUCCCGAUGAUGAUGAGGUCUUGGCCAGGUUCUCCUCUUCAGAAGAUGAGGCUGAGGUGGAAUAUAAAACAGCUUCUGGUAGUUCACCCUCCAAAGCUGGUUCUGAGAGCGAGUCCAACAACGAGCUCUCCAGCAAAGAGCAGAGCACCAAAGUGGAUGGCUCUGCUUCCCAGGAGAGCAAAGACCUUCCAGGUUCACAGAAAAACCUUGCCAAGAACUCGACAGACAAGAACACAAAAGCAGCCAAGUUGUGUUCUGGUAAGAACAACAUGGAAAUUGAAAAUAAAAACAAAGACUCCAAAGACAAAACAAAAAAGAAAAAAAUAGAUGUUAGUAAAACGCCAGGCCUCAGUGAGGCUGGGAAGAAGGAGAAAAAUAAAAAUAUGGAAAAAGACAAGGUGCUUAAGAAAGAAGAAAAAUUAAAAACCAAGAAUGAAGAGAAAAACUGCAAAGAUAAAAGCRUCAAAGUGAAAAGCGAUGGGAACUUGAAGAAACCUGAAAAACAYAAGUCAGAAAAGGUGGAUGGGUGUAAGAAAGAGAAGUUCAAGUCCAGYACCAGCAGUUCAGGGAAAAGCAAGRGUGAGGGUGGCACCAAAGGCACAGAAAAAGUGGGGAGCAGCAAGAAGGACUCACAGAGCAAAGCAGCCGAUGUGAAAAAUGGCAAGGAAAGCUCUGGUCGAAAAAACAAAGAGAAAGGGACCAAGACUUUGGUGGAGCGAAAGAAAGACAAGGUCAGUUCUGCAGGAAAAGAGGACCUGAAGAAGGGGCGGAAGCAGCGCAGUUUGAGUCACGUGGACCUGUUUGGAGAUGAGAGUGGAGAUGAUGAUGACAAAGGCCGGCCUUUGUCCUCCUCCUUAUUGGAUGUGAGCUCGGACUCGGAUGGAGRCGACUCUGGCUCAGACUCUGAGAGUGACAAGGACAGGACAAAGAAAGUGAAGCGCUCCAAAUUGUCCAAGUCAUCAUCAUCUUCCUCCACUUCUGACGACAUCGAUUAUUCCAUCCUUGAGAAAGAUGUGGACUUYGAGUCAGAUCCCAUGGAAGAGUGUCUCAGGAUCUUUAAUGAAUCUAAAGAUGUGAAAACUGAAGACAAGGGCAGGCUGGGGAAACAGCCAUCCAAAGAGGAAGCAAACGAAGAAAAGACAGAAGGUAAUUUAGCUACCUUGUUUCCUGGCCAAAAGAGAAGGAUCUCUCAUCUUGUCAAACAAGGAAAUGCAGAGACCCCGAGCAAGCCCGUAGUGCGGCCCUACCGUCCCCCCACGGCCCAGGAGGUGUGUUACCAGAGGAUCCAGCUGGCUCAGCAGCAGGCAGCACAGCUAGCUGUGGCAGUUCAAAAGACCUCUCUCUGUUUGCCAGGAGAAAAGAGGAGGAUUGCUCACGUGCCAAAUGCAGCYCACACCGCAGCAGCCAAGCAAAGCCUCGGCAGCAGCAAGACAGCUGUUGGUGGCAGAAGUGUCACACCUUCCAAUGACUCUGAAGCCCCCACCCUUCCUCUGAAGCCUUGCACYUUGGCUGGGAUGGCUUCCAAGACCACCAGCACCAUCGUGCCCAAAAGGGUAGCACACGUUCCCUCCUUACAGAGCACCACUUUACAGAGGCCUGUUAUUCCCACAGAAUUCGGUGCUAAAGUCCCAACCAACAUCCGGCAGAGAUAUCUCAAUCUCUUCAUCGACGAGUGCCUGAAAUUCUGCACCUCCUCCCAGGAAGCCUUUGACAAGGUCUGUACAUAGGAGAAGGUGGCCUACGAGCGCAGCACCAGCCGCAACAUCUACCUGAACGUGGCCGUGAACACCCUGAAGAAGCUCCGCAGCCUCGUGCCCAACUCCCCCCCCAGCACCCACAAGACCAGUAACAAGAAGGUGGUGUCUCAYGAAGCUGUGCUGGGAGGGAAGCUUGCUGCCAAGACCAGCUUCACUCUGAACCGCUCAGGGAGCCUGAGAGCCGAGGAUCUGACAGGAGCUGCUCUGUACCGGCGCCUCAAGGAGUACCUGAUGAGUGAGGAGCAGCUCAAGGAGAACGGUUACCCAAUGCCUCACCCUGACAAGGCCGGUCGUGCUGUGCUUUUCACCGCUGAUGAGAAGAAAGUGACUGACUCCUCGUGCAGGAUCUGCUGUCGCUGUGGCACCGAGUACAUGGUGUCAGCCUCGGGGAGCUGCAUCCGCAAGGAGGAGUGCGUCCAUCACUGGGGGCGGCUGCGCAAGCAGAGAGUGCCAGGUGGGUGGGAAACCCACUACAGCUGCUGCUCCGGAGCUGUGGGGUCACCAGGCUGCCAGGUUGCUAAACAACACGUGCACGAUGGGCGYAAGGAGAGCCUGGAUGGUUUUGUGAAGACUUUUGAGAAGCUGCCCACAACUGAUGGCUACCCUGGCAUCUACGCCUUAGACUGUGAAAUGUGCUACACGAAGCAAGGCCUGGAGCUGACAAGAGUAACUGUGAUCAACUCGGAGCUCAAAGUGGUGUACGACACCUUCUGCAGGACCCUGAGCUGUCUCCUGUCGCUCUGCAGGUUCUCAGGUGUGACAGAAGAGGACCUGGAGAACACGAGCAUCACCCUGCGGGAUGUCCAAGCCGUCCUCCUGAACAUGUUCAAUUAUAACACCAGGUUCUCAGGUGUGACAGAAGAGGACCUGGAGAACACGAGCAUCACCCUGCGGGAUGUCCAAGCCGUCCUCCUGAACAUGUUCAGUGCAGACACCAUACUAAUAGGGCACAGCUUGGAAAGCGACUUAUUUGCACUAAAGCUGAUCCACGGCACCGUGGUGGACACAGCCAUCGUGUUCCCGCACCGCCUGGGGCUGCCCUACAAGCGGGCACUGCGCACGCUGAUGGCCGACUACCUCAAACGCAUCAUCCAGGACAACGUGGAAGGACACGACUCCAGCGAGGACGCCAGGGCCUGCAUGGAGCUGAUGGUGUGGAAGAUCAAAGAAGACGCGAAAGUGAAGCGCUGA